ACAUGUUUGUAAUGCAGUGUUUGCCAUAACAUUAGUGUUUGUAUAGUAAAGACAAUACAAUAGAAUACAAUAUACUAUAUGUUUGUUGUAUUAAUAUUUGUCAAUAUAUUUAUAUUUAAACAACAUUUGUAUUGUAUAUUACUUUCAUGACAUCACAGUUACAGUCAAUACAUAGUGGGAUCAGUAGUGAUGGAUAUUGACCGAAGUUAUGGUCAAUUGAAUGGCCGCCGAACCACAUGAGUAAUCAGUUGCCAAUGGAAAGACUCGGCGACGAGACGUCCAGUACGGGCGGUAUUGCGGACAAUGCUGUGGACGGGCGGUCCAAACGACUUGUGUAUAUAACUGGUCGCCACAAGUACUGCUCUAAUGCCAUAACAACAGCGAAAUACAAUUUAGUGACUUUUGUACCAAAGUUUCUCUUCGAACAGUUCCACAGAUACUCUAAUAUAUUCUUCCUGUUCAUCGCAUUGAUGCAACAGAUCCCAAACGUGUCGCCCACCGGACGCUUCACUACAGCCAUACCGCUCUUCUUCAUACUGACCGUAUCGGCCAUUAAAGAGGCUUUUGAAGACAUCAAGAGACACCGCGCCGACAGAGGUGUCAACAGUAGUCUAGUGCUCGUACUCAACAAAUUUACCUCUCAGUGGGAUUGGAAACACUGGCAACAGAUCCAAGUGGGAGACAUCGUUAAGAUCACUAACGAUCAGUUCUUUCCCAGUGAUCUAUUUCUGUUGGCUUCAUCUGAACCAAACGGCAUGUGUUACAUUGAGACUGCAAAUCUUGACGGAGAGACUAAUCUAAAAAUAAGACAUUCCUUAAAGGAGACAACUCAUUGUCUAAAUAGUGAACAAUUAGUCAGUGAUUUGUCUUUAGCAUCCAUACAAUGCGAUCCACCGAAUCGUCAUUUGUAUGAAUUUCACGGAAAUCUUAAAUUAAAUGAAUUGGUGUAUGCGAUCGCACCCGAAAACAUAUUGCUGAGGGGCGCCAAACUCAGAAACACCAAUUGGGUAUUUGGUUGUGUCAUAUAUACGGGUCAUGAGACCAAACUAAUGAUGAAUUCAUCAGUUCAGGCGCCCAUCAAGAGGUCAAACGUUGAAAAGAUAACAAAUAAACAAACGAUUUUGUUGUUUGCAAUUUUAUUAUUUAUUUGUAUAAUCUCUGCCACGGCUUCAUAUAUCUGGAAGAAGCAAAAUCAGGAUCACUGGUAUUUGUGGGGUUUGGACGACAAACUAUCAUCCAAUUACUUCUUUGUUUUGCUUACUUUUAUUAUUUUAUACAAUAAUUUGAUCCCAAUAUCACUUCAAGUAACUCUUGAGAUGGUUCGCUUUAUUCAGGCAUCAUUUAUUAAUGCCGACAUUGAAAUGUAUUGCGAAGAGACGGACACACCUGCUAUGGCUCGUACUUCUAAUCUUAACGAAGAAUUAGGACAAGUUAAAUACAUAUUGUCUGAUAAAACAGGAACUCUGACCCGCAAUGUAAUGGAGUUUAAGAAAUGCUCGAUCGCUGGUCAGGUCUACACUGAAUAUGAUUUCAAAAAUUUGAUUGAAAGAAUGAAAUCCAAUCAAUCGGAUGCUUAUUAUAUAAAAGAAUUUUUGACUUUACUGUCUGUCUGUCAAACAGUGGUACCAGAAGUGGUUCCAAAUGAGACUACAAAUGACGGUAAGCCUCUUAUUCGAUAUCAAGGCGCCAGUCCUGAUGAAGCGGCUCUGGUUCGCGGCGCACAACAAAUUGGAUUUGAAUUUACUGCAAGAACUCCUCAAUAUGUCUUUAUUAAUGCUUUAGGAACUGAAGAAAAAUAUGAAAUUUUAAAUGUUCUUGACUUUACAUCUGAUCGCAAAAGAAUGUCGACAAUAGUGCGAACACCCGAAGGAAAGAUCAAACUAUACAUAAAAGGCGCCGAUUCUAUGAUUUACGACCGAUUGGCUGAGACAUCACUUUUUGGUGAUAUAACAGAACGACAUCUUUCAAACUUUGCUUCUGAAGGUCUUCGCACACUUUGCUGUGCUGUCGUUGACAUUGAAGAGAAUACAUAUCAAGAGUGGAAUAAAAGAUAUACUGAAUCACAGAUUAUGGAUUCGGGACCAAAUGGCAUGAGUAAAGAACAAUACAUUAAUGAAGUUAUGGCUAAAAUAGAAAAUAAUUUAAGAUUAGUCGGUUCGACAGCAAUUGAAGAUAAACUUCAAGAUGGAGUUCCGGAAACUAUUGAUACAUUGCUUAAGGCAGGCAUUCAUAUAUGGGUUUUGACCGGUGAUAAACAAGAAACAGCUAUCAAUAUUGGCCACAGUUGUAAACUAUUACAAACAGGAAUGCUUCACAUUGUCAUUGAUGACGACUCGUUAGAUAAUACAAGAGAUUCACUUAAUGAGGCACACAAUCAGCUUAAGGAUGCACAACGAGAGGUGGCUUUUAUUAUUGAUGGAAAAACUUUAAACUUUGCAAUGACUCCUGAAUUAAGACAACUAUUUAUGGAAAUGGCUUUAAAAUGCAAAUCCGUUAUAUGUUGUCGCGUAUCACCGGCACAGAAGGCAGAGAUUGUAGAAGCGGUUAAAAAGUCUACUAAAUCAAUAACGUUAGCAAUUGGUGACGGAGCUAAUGAUGUGGCUAUGAUUAGAGCUGCUAAUGUUGGGGUCGGUAUAUCAGGACAAGAAGGUCUACAAGCAGUACAUUCCUCUGAUUAUGCAAUCGCACAGUUCAGAUUCCUGUCCCGUCUUCUUCUAGUUCAUGGCUCGUGGUCUAUGUUCCGAUUAUGCAAAUUAAUACUUUAUUCAUUUUAUAAGAAUAUUGCACUCUAUAUAUUGGAGUUAUGGUUUGCAUCUGUGUCUGCCUGGUCAGGUCAGGCGGCAUUUGAUCGAUGGUCUCUUAGUCUUUAUAAUGUCAUCUUUACAGCGGCGCCUCCAGUGGUUAUCGGAUUGUUUGAUAGACAGUGUUCGGCUGAAACUAUGAUUAAAUAUCCAGCACUUUAUAAAACACAUAACGAAAAUUUUAAUGUCAGACUGUUCUGGACAUGGAUUAUGUCCGGUGUUUGGCACUCGUUAUUACUUUUUUGGUUGACUUAUUUUACUGUCCAAAACGACACCCUUUGGCAACAUGGAAGAGCUGACGGCGGAUAUUUAGUGUUUGGCAAUAUGUUGUUUACCUAUACUGUUAUUACAGUUUGUUUGAAAGCUGGACUUGAAAUAAGUUCGUGGACUUGGGUCACACAUUUGGCAAUAUGGGGUUCAAUAGUUAUGUGGUUUAUAUUUUUGAUCAUUUAUUCAAGAAUAUGGCAACUCUUGCAUAUUGUUGGCGCCGAUAUGUCAGGUAUCGAUCAAAUGAUAUUUUCUUCGGGUAUUUUCUGGUUUGGAAUAGCAAUCAUUCCGUUAAGUGCACUACUCAUUGAUAUAUCAUAUAAGUUGAUAUCGCGGACCUGUUUCAAGACAUUGACCGAUCAAAUAAUUGAAAUGGAAUUAGCAAACAGUCCAUCGCAACAGUCUAUGCUUUUAGAGACGGCGCGAAUGUUUAAGAAUGUGUUUCAUAGGAAACGCGAUAAGUCUAAGGAUGACCGCGUCAGACAUCGACAAGAGGUUGAACUGGAUCUCCAACACGGAUACGCCUUCUCACAGGAAGAACACGGAGCUGUUCCACAGUCAAAACUGAUCCGAGUUUAUGACACGACGCGUUCCAAACCUUCGGGAAUAUGAGUUCAAAGAGUUUAUUAGUCACAACUAAUGAUAAAGUUUUCGACAAAAAUCCCAAUUGAUUUAUAUGUGAUUUUAGUGUUAGUCAUACUUUUUUGAGUUUAUUUGUAAAUAUUUUUAUUAAUUAUAAUUGCAAAUCAUAAAAGUUUAUUCACAAAUAUAUUAUUUUAAUCCAUUGUUAAUCACUUAUUUCAUUUAAAAAUUAUUUAUUA